GCGGCAGUAGCUCAGACUUUCACAAUUACGUAAGCACUUCAGUGGCAGCAGAGCCUCUAUCUCAUAACAAACAGCACCAAGGUUGGUUUGUGCCUUUUCCCCACAAUGGAUUCAACUACUACAAAGGAAACAGAGAAGCACUGCGUUCUGUGCUGCCAAGAAGUCGACAUCUUCGCCUUAGGAAAAUGUGAUCAUCCAGUGUGUUACCGCUGCUCCACCAAAAUGAGGGUGCUGUGCGAGCAGAAGUACUGCGCCGUCUGCCGGGAGGAGCUCGACAAGGUGGUGUUCGUGAAGAAACCGAAGGCCUUUUUGUCUCUGCCCUACCAGCAGUUCCCCUGUGAGAAGAAGCAUGACAUCUAUUUUGGUGAUGAACAGAUCUAUGCCCAGUACAGGCAUCUCCUUCUGCCAGAGUGCCUCCGCUGUUCAGAACCUAAGGUCUUCUCCAAGUUUGAGGAGCUGGAGUACCACAUGAGGAAGCAGCACGAGCUCUUCUGUUGCAAACUCUGCACAAAGCAUCUUAAGAUCUUCUCCCACGAGCGGAAGUGGUACACUCGUAAAGAACUGGCACGUCACAGAGCACACGGAGACCCAGAUGACACCAGUCACAGAGGACACCCGCUCUGCAAGUUCUGCGACGACCGUUACCUUGACAACGACGAGCUGCUUAAACACUUGCGAAGGGACCACUACUUCUGCCAUUUCUGCGACGCUGACGGUUCCCAGGAGUACUACAGUGAUUACCAGUACCUGAGCGAGCACUUCAGAGAAAGCCACUACCUGUGCGAGGAAGGCCGCUGUGCCACCGAGCAGUUCACCCAUGCAUUCCGCACUGAGAUCGACUACAAAGCUCACAAGGCCGGGGCACACAGCAAGAACCGGGCCGAGGCUCGACAGAACCGCCACAUCGACCUACAGUUCAACUACGCCCUGAGACAACAGAGAAGAAAUGAAGGAGGUAUCGUAACAGGAGAGGACUAUGAUGAGAUGCGUCAGAAUCGAGGAGGAAGAGGAAGGCCUCACGGGGGACAGAAGAGCUGGAGAUACUCCCGAGAGGAAGAGGACAGGGAGAUGGCAGCUGCUAUGAGGGCAUCCAUGGCAAUGCGUCGGCAGGAGGAGAGAGGUGCAGCGCAGGAAAGGAGUGCUCCCAAACACCAUAGAGAGGAGAGGAUAGAGAGAUCAGAACCAGAAGAGCCCAGACACAGGACCGGACACAUCAAACCAACAAACAAACCUCCAGUGAGAACUAUGAAGAGUAAUAAUCCAGGAGAUGAAGAUGACUUCCCAGCUUUAGGAGCCACAGCUGCCCCACCCAUUGUUAAGCCAGCUCCUCCGACGGUUACAACAAACCACGCAGCACUGAAGGAAGACGACUUCCCCAGCCUCUCAGUUGUUGCUGUUCCAUCCCCCAUGACCCCAGCAUACUCUGCCCAACCUAAGAAGUCUUCCUCUUUCCAAGAAGAAGAUUUCCCCGCUCUCGUAUCCAAAAUCCGGCCCAUCAAAAGUGCAACAGGCACCAAAUCUGCAUGGUCCAACCACACUGCCACGGCUAAACCCGCCAGUCAUCCCCCACCUUCCUCCAGACCUGCCCCUCCACUCUCAUCUGCAUCCUCUGGCCCCCAGCUCCUCUCCUCCACAACCUCCUCAUCUUCACGGAGAAAAAAGAAAGUAGGGGAUAAUGGGAAACCCAUGUCAGCCCGGUCCCCUGCAUCUUCAGACGAUGAGAGCAGAGGAAUGACACAGCAGGAGUUCCGCACUGUGCCGACCAUGUUGGAUAUCUCCUCUCUGCUCACCGUUAAAGGAGGCAACAGCAAACCCUCACCUGUGACCCCCCCGCCUCCAAACCCGACCGCCAACACUGAUCCCCCUACCUCAAAAGCCAGCAAGAAGAAAAAACAGCAGAAGAACACAGCUGCAGCCUCCACGUCUGUGUCCUCAAUGUCAGGGAUGACGACUACUGUAAACACGAUCUCAGGGGAGACCGCAGCACAAAAGGAGAACGUUCCUGAGAAGACAAGGAGCAAACCGCCUUCCGCCGCUGUGACGGCACCACUGACGAGCGGAUUGGUUAACGGCUUUGCUGAGAAAACACCACCUGUUAGCAAGGAGCCAACCGUGGUACCCCCUCAUCCCAACAAAAACCCCCCCUUUGAACAGGAGGAAGAAUUUCCUGCGCUCAUGACCAAGAAACCACCCCCAGGCUUCAAGACCUCCUUCCCAAUGAAGGCCUCAACUCCUGCUCCAUCCACCACUUUGCCCGCACCUCCACCUGGCCUGGGAGUCUCAGCCACUAAGCCUCCCCCAGGCUUCACCGGGAUCCCCCUCAACAGCAAUGUGGUGGAGCCUACUCCUGCUGCAGUCAACCCUCCCCCCAAGGCAUCAGGCAGUGGUUACCUGGUGCCAGACGACUUCCAUAAGAGGAAUCUGGAGCUGAUCCAGUCCAUUAGAACGUACCUCCAUAAUGAUGAGUCGAAGUUCAAUCAGUUUAAAAACUACUCUGCACAGUUCAGACAGGGUGUGAUAUCAGCACCCCAGUACCACCGCAGCUGUAAGGACCUGCUCGGAGAUGACUUCAACCGCAUCUUCAACGAGUUGCUGGUGCUCUUGCCUGACACUGGCAAGCAGCAGGAGCUCCUGACUGCCCAUGGAGACUCCAAGGCGCUGGAAAAACAGUCAGGGGUUGGAGGAGGGAAGAAAAACAAGAACAAGAAGAAUGCGUGGCAGACGCCCACCACGGUGGCAAAUGCUAACGCAGCAGCUGAGCUGGACUGCCAGGUGUGCCCCACUUGCAGACAGGUACUUGCCCCAAAAGACUUCAACUCCCACAAGACCCUGCACAUCAGGGAGAGCGAGGAGUUCCCCUCCUUGCAGUCGAUUAGCCGUAUUAUCAGCUAGCCUCUCACUCUGCCUCUGCCAUUACUAUUGGUGCUGGUGGGGCAAAUUUGCAAUCGCCCCCCGCAGCCCUGUUGUAGCCCUGCAGCAGCCGGUGACCACAUCCCAGAGGAGGAUGGGGCUUACAUCUCAUAUUGAAGGUGAAUUGAAGACAGUUUCCAGUGUUUUUACUUUCUGAUGAUGAUUGUAUUGAUAGGUUCGUGUGAAUGGUUUUGCAGUUAAUACACACAGGGUCGCCCCAUCUCAACUCUUAUUUGAACUUGGACGUCUCCAGCUGGAACUGGCACCGGCAGCAUCUAACCAGAGCUAUCGAUUUUAUUUAAAGAGGAGGAGAGACAAGCUAAGGCUAUACUUGAAGAGUGCAUCGCUCCCUGAUACAAAACUGAUACUGAUUUACAUUUUUUAUUUUGCUUUGUGCUUUCACUUUAACAGAUGAUAGAAUUUUCUGUUAACAUCAGUUGAUAAGCAUGUAUGAGCCUCCAGUGAGGCCACUCAGCGAAAUAACAAAAUAAACACAAACCUGUUCAACUAUUUAGCACCAUAUUUAUUUAAGUCUAGCUGUCCGUUACUUUACACAGAGGAAGGGCUGAUAAGUGUUGGUGUGUGUGGAGUGUUCCUGUCAGAGGGUGAGUGACGGGAAGUAAUAUGCUUCAGGAAUCAGGACAAAUUUUGUUUCAUAGUUUUAA